AUGGCACCUAGAAUCUUCAUCACUGGAACGACCGGUUAUGUUGGCGGCACUGCCUUCGACAUCAUAUAUGAGGCACACCCAGAUUACGACUAUACACUUUACGUCCGCAACGAAGAGCGUGCCAAACCUAUCGCAGAAAAAUUUCCCGAUGUUAAGUUUGUCUAUGGCGAUCUUGAUAGCGUUGAAGUAAUUGAGAAAGCAGCUUCUGAAGCUGAUGUUGUUGUCCAUACUGCAGAUUCAGCAGAUGCGCCUGGAGCAGCCAAAGCCAUCGCAGCGGGUCUUGCCUCUAGUCAUACAGCUGAGAACCCAGGAUACUACAUCCAUCUCUCAGGCGCAGGUAUCCUGACCUGGUAUGAUCUCAGAAACAAGCGCUACGGAGAACCGCCUCUUCCUGAUCAGAAGUACAACGAUAUCACAGAUAUUCAGCGCAUACUUGACCUACCAGAUGAAGCCGUCCACAAAGAUGUGGAAAACAUCCUUCAGAGUAUUGGCUCACCCGCUGUCAAAUAUCUUAUGGUAUCACCUCCCGUCAUCUACGGACCUGGCAGAGGCUUAAUCCACAAAGACAGCUUCGCAAUCUCGGAAAUAGUCCGCGCAACUCUCGACCUCGGAUACACCCCCAUCGUUGGAGCUGGAAAGGCGAAAUGGGAUAAUGUCCAUGUCCAAGACCUUGCACAGCUCAUCGCCAAUGCCGUUGACGCAUCACAAGCGCCGUCCAAGAAUGAAGACGAUUCUGAAGUCUGGGGUAAGAAGGGAUAUUACUUCGUCACCACGGGAGAACAUCAGUGGUAUGACGUAGCCACUUGGAUUGCAGAGGAGGCUCAUCGCCAGGGAUAUAUCCCCGAGUUCAAGACCAAGCAUGUCACUAUGGAGGAAGUGAUCGAUCGAGGAUACAAGGCGGGUAUAGCAUGGGGCAUUAAUUCCAAGAGUGAGGCUGAGAGGGGAAGGAAGUAUUUGGGAUGGGAGGCCAAGGGGGCAUCGUUGAAGGAGACGAUUGCUGGAUCAGUGGCUGCUGAGGCUGAGGCUCUCGGCGUGAAGCCCAAGUACAAGUGA